AUGGCCACCGUUGAAGCCCCCGCGGCUGCUCCAGCUGCUCCAGCCGCUUCCGCUCCCUCAACAGCCGCCCCUCAAGCCAGCAGCAGCGGCGCCAAUGGCAACCGACCCAAGCGGCCGAAUCCCAACAACAACAGCAGCAACAGCAACCGCAACUGGAAGCAGAAGAAGACCAAGCGGGAGAAGAACAUCACCGAGGGCUCCUCGGAAGAAGUGCUGCGCUACGAUAUUGAGGCCCUCCUAGAAUCGCGCAAGUCCGGAACCAACGGCGAAGAAGCUCCCGCCGCCGCCGACGCCGACGCGCAACAACAACAAAAGGAAGAAGAAGAAGCACUGCCGGCUGAGGGCACCGAGACCGAAGUCGAGGUCCUCGAGCUCUCCUCCACCGGCGACGGCCUCGCCAUGCGGCCCGGCUCCGACCAGGUCUACGUCGUGCCCUUCACCGUGCCCGGCGACGUCGCCCGGGUCAAGGUCUUCCGGCACCUGCGCCGCGAGAAGCAGACCGUCGCCGACUUCGUCUCCGUCGUCAAGCCCUCGCCGCUGCGCGACGACGCCCGCAUCAGCUGCAAGUACUUUGCCUCGUGCGGCGGCUGCCAGUUCCAGAUGCUCGACUACGCCGAGCAGCUCCGCCGCAAGCGCGCCAUCGUCGUCAAGGCCUUCCGCAACUUUGCCAACCUGCCGGCCGAGCUGGUGCCCGCCGUGCUCGACACCGUCGGCAGCCCGCUGCAGUACGGCUACCGCACCAAGCUGACGCCGCACUUUGACGGCCCGCCCGGCUUCCGUCCGCACAGGCGCAACAACAACAACAAGGGCGGCGGUCCCAAGCCGCACUUUGAGAGCUGCCCCGACAUUGGCUUCAUGCGCAAGGGCCAGCGCAAGGUCAUGGACAUUGAGGACUGCCCCAUUGGCACCGACGUCGUCCGGCUGGGCAUGAAGCGCGAGCGCGAAAGGAUGCAGAAGGAGUUUGGCCAGUACCAGCGAGGCGCAACCAUUCUCCUGCGGGAAAACACCCAGCGGUACGCUGUCGACGAUCCCGCCGCCCCUUCGCAGGACAACCUCCCCCCUUACACCGUCCGCGCCGAGAGCGAGUUCGGCAUCGACAUCAAGACGUGCGAGACGGACUCCAAGGCCACCACGCACGAGUACAUCCGCGACCACCACUUCACCAACCCCGCCGGCUCCUUCUUCCAGAACAACAACUCCAUCCUGCCCAUCUUCACAGACUACAUCAAGCAGCACGUCCUGCCCCCGCCAGUAACCUCACCCACGUCCUCGUCUUCAAAAGAAGAAGUAGCCCCACCAUCAUCAUCAUCACCAUCAUCAUCAUCGGAAAUCAAGUACCUCAUCGACGCCUACUCCGGCUCCGGCCUCUUCACAAUCACCCUGGCCUCCGUCUUCCAGCACUCCACGGGCAUCGACAUCGCCGCCGACUCCAUCGCCUCGGCGCGCCAAAACGCCGCCCUCAACGGCCUCGGCGAGGACCGCUGCAAGUUCAUCGCCGCCGACGCCGGCGAGCUCUUCAAGAGCGUCGAGUACAACCCCGAUCAGACCACCGUCAUCCUCGACCCCCCGCGCAAGGGGUGCGACGCCGACUUCCUCGGCCAGCUGCGGCGCUUCGGCCCCAGGAGGGUCGUCUACGUCAGCUGCAACGUGCAUACGCAGGCGCGCGACGUCGGUGUCCUGGUCAGGGGCGAGGGCGAGGGGAGGAGAUAUGAGAUUGAGAGCUUGAGGGGCUUUGAUUUCUUUCCUCAGACGGGACAUGUCGAGGGCGUUGCCGUGCUGAACAGGGUUGAGAAUUAG